UGUAUAUACAUAUAUAUAUCCAUCUCAAGUUUCUUCUCAUGCCAUUACUAAAAGUAAACACUCUUAGUCAGUUGUUUCUGAAUUUGUAAUAGACCUUUUAAUUAGUCACUGGUGUGUCACUGUGAUUACCAUCAGCUUCUCAGUACCAUCAUUUCCAGGAAAGGUGUUUAACUGCAGAGCUCUCUGGAAGAGGAAAUUGUAAUAUAGGUGGUUAAAGACCUUCUAGAGCCGCGAGUUUGAUUUGGACUAAAAUGAGAGAAAAGGUUCCUGUGGAAAAAAGAAUUCAAAAAGCGGCUGAAGGAGAGCAGCUUUCUUGGUUCGAAUCAAUGGGGGGUCGACGAGGACCGGAUGACAGAGCAGAGACUCUCAGUGUCUUAGUGUUUCAUAAUGAGUCACCUCCAGUUCUAUGAAACCCCUGACACGGUUUAGUCCCCUGUGCAGUCUCGUACAGAGAGGGUCCCAGGCGACAAGGUUACACCUCAUCUUCUGCUCCAGGAUGCAGACACGUUACGUGUGGUUUACUCUCCUGUGCUGUCUGCCUUUCCUCUGCGCCGAGCUCUCACUUCAGUGCAGUCCGAGCCAGUACGCCUGGCCGUCAGAGUCGCCCAGGUUCUGCUGUGAAAUGUGUAAACCAGGGACAUAUAUGCAGGCACGUCUCGAAAACACCUGCGGCACCAAGUGCGGGAAUUGUUCAGAGAACUUAUACAGCGACUCGUACAACAUAGACCUGUGGUGCAAACGGUGUGAAGAAUGCGACAAUUUAACAACUGAGUAUGUAUCACACUGUAACGGCACACACAACGCUGUGUGCAGAUGUAAAGCUGGCUACAGGUGCAAGGACAACAGACGCUGCACAGUGUGUGUUCUGGAUCCACACACUACCACGGAGCCUCCCACCACCACUACAGUUUUCACCUCCAAGACCCUCUUCACACAAAGAGUUGUGUCCACUAAGCCGAUCCUGGACACAGUGUGGUUCCUGGUUGUUACGGCCCUCCUGUGUUCAGUUACUGCACUCUUUGUUAUAACAAAAUUAAAGCCAUUUCUGCAUUGGAUCAGAUCCAGGCGUGUGCUUCAGUGCCCCAAGGAUGACGACGUGUCCAAGCCUGUCCAGGAAGUAUGUGGGAAAUGUGACCAACCUAUUGACAUAUGACUCAAGUGUCCAAGAUGAGUUCUGAGUCUACAAACUGCAGCCCUGACAUGAAACAGUGACACAACAACCCUUUCAUUGAGAAACACAAAUGGAACCAAGGCACUGGAUGUAUUUGUCAAAGUCACGUUUUCCUAUGGAAAGAAGUUGCUCAGUGGCAUGUUACUUGUUGUAAAUCAGUGUCGAGAAAAUAUCAUCGGCUGGCACUGAGUCGUGCGACCACUAACAUGGUCGACAGAGAAGGAAUGGAUGAAGAAACUGAUUUAUGAAUGGAAGAAACACAGUAUUUGUAAAUGUUUGUAGCUGCUGUUGUUGUUCUGUCUGUUCCAGCAAUGUAGAGAAAGAAAUUGUCAUAUUUAAUGUUGAUCUUUCUCGAUUAACCAUGAUUAAUCGUGAUUAAUUGUUAUCAUUCGACAGCUGCCCUAUCGUUAAUGAGACUACAACUUUUAAUUGUAACUCCGAUCACCAUCAUAGCAUGUACAUAAAAUACAGUACAUCAGCCACUGAGUGACUGAGGUACAGAGCAACUUUACUAUCAAUUCACUCACCACAAAAGCGGUCCACUUGACGUCGCCUCUGCAGGUUGUUGUGCAUCCAAACUCCGACGGAGUUCGGCGCCUUCAUCAGGCUAGCAUUUUAGCUUCUUAGCUCUGUAUUAUAACAUCGAUUCACUUCGGACUUCUUCAUCGCCGUCAAUAUUUCACAACCAAGUGGGGAGUUUAAUAAAAACAAAAACAUCGCUUGUCCAUUUUUCUUCUGACGAAAUGCCAUAUUUCGUAGAAACCUCCUUUCUUGUCCAACAUUUAUUUGCCGCGGUGCUACAUCUCGCGAGAAAAAAAAGUCGUCUCUACAAAUGCCACACAAUAAAACAUAGAAGCCACUUUAAGUAGACAUUUUAAAGUAUUUAUUCCAGCAGUCAAUGGCGAAGUACGUAACAAUUAUUUUUGCUUUUAUUUGACACAAUACGCAUGUUGUGCCAAUGUGUGCAGUUUGAUGUCACUCGUUUAAAGCAACGACCACGGCAAUCGGUUGUAGUCAAUCAGAGGCGAUGUUGACGGAUAUUAACUUUCUAAACAAGUCAAUACAAAUAUCGCGAUGACACAAUUUCGUCAUAAUAAUUGACGUUUACAUCUACAUCGACGUCUACAUUUUUAGCGGCCUUUUUAAAAUACAAAUCUAUGAAUGAAAUUUUGGUGGUGAGUCGUACGGUCGGUACUUGACCCAAAGUCCGCAGGUUUCCAACUACUUAUAUAACAGGGUCUUCUUGCUGUAAGGCAAGUGCAAUAGCCACUCUCCCACUAUCUGGCCAAUCGUGCAAUAAACCCAAAUCAUUGAACAAAAUCACACCAUCCACAUGUUCUUCAGUUUCAUCUUCAGUUUUUAUUCUUUCCGUCUCUUGACACAUUACAUAUUGUUGCUCUGCAGCGAAGCGUUUUGGCUUUGCCUUGAUGUUUAAAGCUGCAGCAUCACAUCUGGAAUUCUGGAUCUACAUUCAGUUUGAUCAUGAACCUGUUUUAUGACACCGGAUGUGAUCCACAUGUUUUAGGGCAUUGCUGUUAGCAGAAGUAAACAACCUCCAUGACAAGGUUUACGCUGUCACGCGUUAACAUCCGUGUGAGCUUUUCUCUUCCUUUGUAACAUUUGUAUACAUUCUCUGUGCAAUCUUUAAUCGUGACUUUAUUUAUAGAUAUAUACAUUUUCAAGGCUGUAUUUCCUUUACACAUACAUCAAAGCCGUCAUACAGUCGUUUCGCUAAAGCAUUUGCAUAAAUAAUUCAUGUCUUAAACCGUAAGUAGUUUUAAACUGCCUCUAAUUGGAAACCCACUCGGUGUAGCCCACCGACUUCAUACAGCUACUACACUUCUGUUAGGGUUACUCUUCAAAGACUCGUCAAUGUCAAAAUAUCUAAAUAAUAUGAUAGUUGUGUUGCGUGUGGUACAUGUUGUCCCAGUAAAUCUAAACUCACAGUACAUUUACACACCAAAAAACAAAA